GGGGUAUCCUAUCCCUCUCCAUCAGUGACUGACCCUACGCUUACGGCAGAAGCACUGGAUCAGACCAUCGCUGCAUUUGACACAGUGGAGGAGCUGCUCAAACACUUCAACCCAGACUCCUGGCAAGAAGAUCUCGAGAAUUUGUACACAGACAGUAGCCACCAUUAUCGAGGCAGAAGCUACCAUGACAGGAAGUCCAAAGUUGACCUGAACAGGUUGAAUGAUGAUGUGAAACGUUAUAGCUGCACUCCAAGAAACUACUCUGUCAAUUUAAGGGAAGAACUGAAGCUGACAAAUGUAGUUUUCUUCCCCCGCUGCCUUCUUGUCCAGCGCUGUGGAGGAAACUGUGGCUGUGGUACUUCAAACUGGAAAUCCUGCAUGUGCAUGUCAGGGAAAACAGUGAAAAAAUAUCAUGAGGUGCUGAAAUUCGUCCCUGAGGUUGAGCAUCACAAAAGAAAAGGCAGAACUGGGAACAAGGCCUUGGUAGAUAUACAACUGGAUCACCAUGAGCGCUGUGAUUGUAUCUGCAGUUCAAGACCACCCCGAUAA